AUGGAUGCGAGGCUUAAUAUAUUUGUGCUUCUCCUGUUCAUGAGCCAUACCAGAGCGAACACGGAAACGCCAUCUGAACAUCUCAUACCUCCGGCACCUCAGCAGAUCGUUCCAGCACAGGAUGUUGUUCAACUUUCAUCGAAUCAGCAACAAACCCAAUUGCCCUCAGAUCAGUUACCCGCGGUUUCAUCUCCUGUACUAGCACCAGCUCAGUACCCUCCGAGUCAGUACGGACAACCAGUGAAUCAUUUAAACGGAGGAUAUCAGUUCCCGCAGCAAUACCCUUCCCAAUACCCUCCCCAAUUCCCACCCCAACUACCACCACAACUGCAGCCACAAUAUCCAAUCCAAUCCUCAUUUCAACUUCCUGCCUAUAUUCACCAGCAUAUUGCAUUAGAACUCCAGCCACAAACUGCAGCCAAAACGUCGCUAUCUUACAGCCCACAUUUUCCAACUAAUUUCACUCCUCCAUUUCCACCUAAAUCCGAGUAUCCGUAUAAUGGAUUUCCUCCAGCCAAUUCUUUACAAUUCCCACCUAAGCCACUAUCCUCAUAUAAUUCCUAUUUCCCACCAAAUUUAACCGCACAAACUCCACCCAAAGUUCUUCCAGCUUACAACUCAUUCAUACCACCAUUACCAGUCACGAACUCAUUAUAUCCAGCGCCAUCAUUCCAACUUCCACUCCAAAUACCUGCUCCCUUUCCACCGAAAAUCACCAUAAAUCAACUUCCAUUAAGUUCACCGAGCAACCCUAAGCUAAGUCCUACGUCGACACUUCAGCAAAUACCCAUUCAAAACACCAAUCAAUACAACAACUCCCAAGAAACGACCCGAGUCCCGAAAACACUGCAGGCGAUUGGUUCGUCAAAUCCAUUGGUGUUCCAUAAAAUUACCGAUAAUCUCCGUCCUGGAGGUGCGACAUGGUACUACAAGCAAAAUCAACCGCAAAACCGAUCACCUCAUCCGUUAGCACCCAAGCUGAACUUUCCUGCUCAGCCACCCCAGAACUCUCAGUUAAAUCUAGCAAAUCAUGUUUCAUCUCAUAACCAGCUACCACAGUCAUCUCAUCUUGAGCAAUUGAAUCCACCACCACCUCCACUGCCACCUCCUCCACCCCAUCCACCACAGCAGAGUCAUCCAAACCAGUUGAAUAACCACUUCCCAGUCCAGUCCCACCUACAAUCGAACCAUCUGCAACAACCAACUCAUAACCAUCAUCAAUACGCCCAUUCGCCUUCCCACGGGCAGCACAAUCUAAACGCCCACCACGUGAAACCACUAACCCCGUUCGAAGUGUUCAACUAUCCAGAAUUCCAAAUCACUCCAAUAACGAUUCCUUCGCCAGAGUAUCCUCACUUUGAAACGCUGCGCAACCAAGUGAGUUUUCUGAAGGCAAAGCACAAGCACUUCUUCGAAAGUCAACCUGGACCGCUGCAGAGUGCUCCACUGAAGCAAUCUUUGCCGCACGCUCUCACGGAGCACAGCCAGUGGAACGCGAACGAACACCAGAAAACCGUACCGAGCAACCACAAUAACAUCCCUCCCCACAAACCCCCCGCUCACAGCCAACGGAGUCCUACGGAGCAAAACAAGCUGGUGCCACCCAAAUGGAACCCGGUAAAACAAGAAUUUGAACAAGCGAACACACCUCCGGUGGACUACGGUCAGUUCAACUCACAGAAAAAUCUUUUUACGGCAAACAAUCCCCAUGAACAGUUCCACCUGCCGCCGGCGCCCGACUUCAGCCAGUUCAGUCCACAGAAAAACCUCCUAACGGUGCAUAACCCUCACGAACAGUUCCAUUCGCCGGCUUUUGAUUUCAAUCAGUUCAACGCCCAGAAGAAUCUACUAUCGAUUCACAGCGACUAUGCCGCAUUCCCACCAGCAGCGAAGGAAUCGGCGGUACUGAGCGAUCUGGCUUUUAUCAGCAACUGGGAAAAGGCACUGGGAAUCAUUCACAAGACCGACCACGGUAACGCGGAGAAGGGACAAACCAUCCUAUCGGCUGGGGAUACCGAUGAUUUCAAGAAGAUGGACACCAUUCGUGGGGGAACGCAGCAGAAUUUGCUGAAAUCGCACAGCAAAUCAGCAACCAUGCAACGGCGUUCGGAGGUGAUAGAGGAACGAAUCCGAAAGAAGCCAUUUAGUGCCCGGAAGAAGAGUAAUAAAAAAGAGCAAUCGACGACGAAGAAGCAGAAGCAACAGCUGUCAGAUGAGAAGCCAACUACGGAACUGGUGGUGACAACUACGGAAGUGAUGCAAAUUGUGAAUGUAACGGAGACGGUGAAGCCGGCGGAUGAUAUAGUGACGGAAAGUAGUCGUCGGCGGAAGAGGGAUGUUGAACAGGUUGAAGCUGUUACCAUUGUUAGUGAGGGUCAGGCAAACACGACUGCAGUGCCGAUAAGUCAGAAUGACACCAGUACUGAGGCGCAUCCGUUGUUGGAGUCCUCCACUACGGAACAAACAACUGAGCCGAUUCAGGUUGCAACCCUUCCACAAGAUGCCGAAUUGUUACCUCAAGCGGAAGCGCUUGCCGCAAAGGAUUCCGCGGAAGAAGAAUACUCUGAGUACGAAGAUGUACCGCAUGCCGAAGCCCUAGUUUACGACGAUUUUGACGAUGCCUACUAUGAUGAUGAUGAGGAAUCGUCACAACUGCCAGCGCAAGCCCGUUCCGAUUCGUUUUUCUUCGAAGAACGCGACGGUACAACUUCGAGACCUUACGCGGAGGCUCUGGUCGACCCGAGAAACCUACAUGGAAAAGCCUUAAUACGGUUCCUAGAGGAGGCGAUCCGAAACUCGUCGGUAUACCUGCCGGUUGAGGCUGACGAUCGGAGCUUCGAUAUCGUAGAACCACCGAAGGAUGUCAUCAAGUUUCCUUACUAUGAAAGAACGGAACAACCGAUUAAUGUUGAUUCCGCAUUGCGCUUCGCCGAGAAUUUGACUCUCUUCUCCAAUGGUCCGUACAAUUCGAAAAGUGGAAAUCAGUGUAACGAGGUAGAUAUUGAAAUCUCGGAAGAACCAGAGGAGCCGGAGGGCGAGGAUGGAUUCCAACCUGUGCGACGAUUAAGGAGGUUGGGAAAUGGCAUAGAUUGUCUGAAGAAUAAGCACUUUGGAAAAGAACCGCUGGAUAACCCCCUAUUCAAGGAGCAAUUCGUGGGCGUUGGCCGGUCGGCUUCGGGUGGAUCGUCUGUUCUCCAACCGCAACCCGAUCCAUCGGUAGCCGUGUUUAGCGAUGUAAUCCGGUUGAUUAAGCAACUUUCGACGGAAGAAAACCGUGAGAAGGCUCGAAGUACCGAGGGGAUCGUUUCACCUAGACAGCUAAAUCUGCCAGAACCAAAGUCACACUCGCCGAACAAUGCCGUGCUGGAGCAGCUACGUCUGGGAAAGCGAAAGACGCUUCCACUAAAGCCGACCAAGAAAGCCGAGGAACCUAAACAGGAGCGCAACGAGACUACCAAUAGUGAACAACAGCAUCCGCUGAGGAUCGUAUUUCCCAGGAGAUUGAAUUUUUCCAAGACCUUCGAUGAAGGGAAGAAACCGGCGCUGGUGAAGGUCAACUAUGCUAAGCAUUUGGAAUCUGACGGGAUCAAAGUUAAAUUGAACCGUACUCGGCUGACCGAUCAUGACAGCUACAAGGCCAAUCUCGCGAGGAAGCUUAAUUUUGAUAAAUUAGACAAGCAAAAGAUCCCGAUAAGUCAGCGGAGGGAGUCGCGGGUCGAUACGUCGUUUUACGAGCCGUAUCCAACUCGUCCCACGCGAUUCAUGAAUCCCGGGAUUUUCGACAUUUCCACUUACUAUCCGCGUUUUACGGCCAGAGGACAUGACCUAACGGAUGAGGUUGAUGAUGAUGAUGACGAUGACGUUCUCGUCGAAAAAAGAACUCCUGCGAAACAGUUGAAUUAUGAUUUGUUGGAGCGAGAAGCAGAUGAAAUGUUAAGCAGUGUAAGGACGGGUCGAAAGGAAAAGGCUGUUGGUUCUAAACCAGUUGCAUUGCCUCUAACCUCCGGUCAGAACUCCGGUCAAAACUCCGUGAAGAACACGGGUCAGACCUCCGGUCAGAAGAAGGAAGAAGCUAAACCUUACGGGACCAGCUAUGCACCGUCCUAUAAACAGAUCCGUUUGUUGUCAUCUCGACUAAAACAGAAGGAUGAUGGUCAGAAAAAACCUCCAUCCCUGGACGAAUUGAUAAACUUUUACACCAACGAGAAAUCCCAUGAAUUAUACUCCGCGGAAUCGAGCACCCAGCGAAGGGACGGAAGCUCGAGUGAAAGCAGUUACGUAGUACCAACGGUUCACAAUCCUCUGCCGAUUUUCGAUGUCUCAACUUACUACCCCCGCUAUAUGGCCCGGGCCAACGAGGAACUAAAGCGAUCUCACCACGAAUACCUCAAACGUCGCGAUACUCAGCUUGUGCUGGAUGACCUGGCCGCUCUUCGUGCUCCGAAGGAGUAUCCUAACGGGGAUCGUAAAUCCGAUUACAACAGUAAUCUGAACAGCCCAACGUCGGCACCGAUUCGAGAUGAUAUAGCCGAUUUCUUCGAAGAUUCUCUGAGUAGCAGUUCCACACCGAACAGUUUGACCAAAGAUUCUCAUCACACGUUCAAAAAAUCAGAACCCUACAAUCCGGAUCUGCCGGUAACCGAUAAAGCGACCUUUGGUCUCGAUCAACCACCGACAAAACGGAAACCAGUGAAAAAGGUUCCCCGCAAACGGUUUAAGGCCGGUUCCAAGAGCUUGAAGCGACGCCCGGUCAAGUACCGAAAAGUACCAAAACAGCUCGUUCCCUAUAUCCCAUAAAGUGACAGAUGUUUCGCAGUUAGUCAUCCAAUCCAAGCAAUCCUUUUCCUCAUUAGAAAUUAAUUAUUUAUUGAGCGUCCCGUCCUUCCUGAGGAAGUAGUUAUGAGACGUUUGAAACACUGAUACGGCGAUUAGUUCACUAUAGUUAGUUAGGUUUUAAAAUUGGGAAAACCAUAUGUGCGAGUGAUUUGAAAUACCAAUGUAUAUAUAGCAGC